AUGGACCCAGAGGAAUGCGAUUUCACUGCAGAGGACAACAGCAGCAGAGCACUCGGCGGCUCUUCUCUCAGCGACAGAGCUGUCUGUUCGGAGGUUUUUAUCAGCGGCGACACGUUUCAGCCUCGAGUGGAAGAGCAAGAGCCGCUUGCGGGAGGAAGCCAGCCGGGUGGAGGUGGUGAUGAAAUCCCCCCCCCCGUGCAGGUAGCGGCUCAGGCUGUGUUGUUCAUGUGUAUGAACACCGCUGGGAUCUUCAUCAGCUACCUGUCGGACCGCGCCCAGCGGCAGGCCUUCCUGGAGACGCGGCGCUGCAUCGAGGCUCGGCUGCGACUCGAGACAGAGAACCAGAGACAGGAGAGACUGGUGUUAUCAGUCCUGCCACGUUUUGUAGUUUUGGAAAUGAUCAACGACAUGACAAAUGUAGAGGACGAACACCUCCAGCAUCAGUUCCACCGAAUCUACAUCCACCGCUACGAGAAUGUCAGCAUUCUUUUCGCAGAUGUUAAAGGCUUCACAAACCUCUCCACGACGCUGUCAGCGCAGGAGCUGGUGCGAAUGUUGAAUGAACUCUUUGCACGCUUCGACCGCCUCGCACAUGAGAACCACUGUCUACGGAUAAAGAUCCUGGGAGACUGUUACUACUGUGUGUCCGGUCUCCCCGAGCCCAGACAGGACCACGCCCACUGCUGUGUGGAGAUGGGCCUCAGCAUGAUCAAAACCAUCAGAUACGUGAGAUCACGUACGAAACACGACAUCGACAUGCGGAUCGGGAUCCACUCGGGCUCGGUGCUGUGCGGCGUGCUGGGACUCAGGAAGUGGCAGUUUGACGUCUGGUCCUGGGACGUCGACAUCGCCAACAAACUGGAGUCUGGAGGGAUCCCGGGGAGGAUCCACAUCUCCAAAGCGGCGUUGGACUGUCUGAACGGCGACUACGAGGUGGAGGAGGGUCACGGGAAGGACCGCAACGACUUCCUGCGCCGUCACAACAUCGAGACGUACCUCAUCAAGCAGCCGGAGGAGAGCACGCUCAGCCUGCCCGAGGACAUCAUGAAGGACUCGGCCAGCUCGGCGGACCGCCGCGCCAGCAGCACCACCUUCAACGAGGCGUCCUGGAGCCCCGAGCUCCCCUUCGACAACAUCGUCGGGAAGCAGAACACUCUGGCUGCCCUAACGAGAAAUUCGAUAAAUCUGCUUCCAAACCAUCUCGCACAAGCUUUGCAUGUCCACUCUGGUCCUGAGGAAAUUAACAAGCGAAUAGAGAGCGCCAUCGACUUAAGGAGUGGCGAUAAGUUGAGAAGAGAGCAUAUGAAGCCUUUCUCACUGAUGUUUAAAGACUCCAGCCUGGAAGAGAAGUACUCCCAGAUGAGGGACGAGGUGUUCAAGUCCAACCUGGUGUGCGCCUUCAUCGUGCUCAUCUUCAUCACCACCAUCCAAAGCCUGCUUCCCUCUGCCAGCAUCGCUUUCCUACUGUACAUCAACAAUAAUUGCUCUUUUGGUCUCUUGCAGCUGUGGUGCGACUUCGACAAGUCCAGCACCUUGAGGAACCAGACGUACAACGAGUCGGUCUCCAUCCCGGACAUCUGCUUCUACCCAGAGUAUUUCGUGUUCACGGGGGUCCUGGCGAUGGUGACCUGCGCCGUCUUCCUGCGGCUGAACUCUGUGUUGAAGUUGGCGGUGCUGCUGGUGAUGAUCGCCAUCUACGCUCUGCUCACCGAAGCUUUCUACACCUCGCUGUUUGUCCGCUACGACGCCGUCCACCACAACACUGAAAACUUCCUGGGGACCAAAGAGACGUCUCUGCUGCUGAUGGCCAUGUUCCUCCUCGCGGUGUUUUACCACGGCCAGCAGCUGGAGUACACGGCGCGGCUGGACUUCCUGUGGCGCGUCCAGGCCAAAGAGGAGAUCAACGAGAUGAAGGAGCUGCGGGAACACAACGAGAACAUGCUGAGGAACAUCCUGCCCAGCCACGUGGCCCGACACUUCCUGGAGAAGGACCGGGACAACGAGGAGCUGUACUCCCAGUCCUACGACUCGGUGGGCGUGAUGUUCGCGUCCAUCCCGGGCUUCGCCGACUUCUACUCCCAGACUGAGAUGAACAACCAGGGAGUCGAGUGCCUCAGGCUCCUCAACGAGAUAAUCGCCGACUUUGACGAGUUGCUAGGCGAGGAGCGUUUCCAGGACAUCGAGAAGAUCAAGACCAUUGGCAGCACCUACAUGGCCGUCUCCGGUCUGUCGCCUGAAAAGCAGCAGUGUGAAGAUAAGUGGGGUCACCUGUGUGCGCUGGCGGACUUCGCCAUCGCCCUCAACGAGAGCAUCCAGGAGAUCAACAAGCACUCGUUCAACAACUUUGAGCUGAGGAUCGGGAUGGCCCACGGCUCGGUGGUGGCGGGUGUGAUCGGCGCCAAGAAGCCCCAGUACGACAUCUGGGGGAAGACGGUGAACCUGGCGAGCCGCAUGGACAGCACGGGGAUCAGCGGCAAGAUCCAGGUGCCCGAGGACACCUACCUGAUCCUGAAGGAGCGCGGGUUCGCCUUCGAGUACCGCGGCGAGAUCUACGUCAAGGGCAUCAGCGAGCAGGAGGGCAAGAUCCGCACGCACUACCUGCUGGGCCGCGUGCAGCCCAACCCGCUCAUCAUGCAGCCGCGCAAGAUCACGGGCCAGUACUCGCUGGCGGCCGUGGUGCUCGGCCUGGUGCAGUCCCUGAACCGCCAGAAGCAGAAGCAGAUCCUAAACGACAACAACAACUCGGGCAUCCUGAAGGGCCACCACCACUACAACCGGAGGACGUUGUUAGCGCCCGGUAGCUCCGAGGUGGGAGCGGGGCAUCAUCCCGAAGCAGCUGAUAAGACUGAGCUGUCCUGAAAGUGCACCCUGGGAGUUGUAGUUCCACGCAGGUUUCCCAGAGGCAGAGCUGCUCUGCAGGCAGAACACAUUCCAGAGGUUAAGUUAAAGCUUCAGAGGAUGAGGCUUUCUUUUGAGAUCUUUUUUCUGGCAUUUUAGGCUUUUAUUUUGAUAGGUCAGGUAUACAUUUAAGGUGAUGGGCGGGGGAACGACAUGCGGCAAAAGGGCCACAGAUCAGAACCGGACCCGCUGCAGCGAGGACCCCAAGUGCAUAGGGCGCGUGCUCUACCAGGUGAGCUACCCAGGCACCCCGGGUGUGUAACUAACGACAGGAGAGCAGGAAGUUUUUUUUUCCAGACCUCUAAAUAGUCGCUCUUAUUUCAGAUUUAUUUACAACAAAGUAAAACAAAAAAGGAGAACAGGAAGUCUCUUCAGGGUUCACAGCAACUUUAGUACAGCGUCGCCGGGUUGCAGACCUCUGAAUGGUCGCACAUUCAGAUUUUUAUUUUACAGCACUUUAAAAUGGUCUGGUGUUGUGUUUAGUGACGGCUGUUUCCUCGGUCUGAGCAGUAGCGGACCAAUCAGAGCUUUGUAGGUAGGGUUCUUAAGAGGGUCAUCGUGGUCUUAGCCUGGCUCCGGCCUCCUACAUUCUUCCGCUCAAUUUGCAUUUUCCUUCAGUACUCCGUCUGGGUUUGCGGUCUAUUCGCGGGUUUUCUCCGGCGAAAUAAUUGG